AUGGACGGGAGUUCUUUGAAUUUAAUAGACGAUUUAGAUCAUAUUAACCUCGGGGAAUACGAGGCAACGGAUUUUGGUAUGAGAGUUUUGGAUUCAAAGAGUAACAGAAGUGUAGCACAUUUUGGAAGAGCCUCGGUAUCCGCUGGAAUAAAACGAAGUAUUUCUAAUGCUGUGGAAAGAAAUAUGAACACAUCUGCCAUGGACAUAUUUGAGGUAAGGACUGUUCUAAAUUUGCCGUGGUGUGUUUUUUCAUUUGGGCUAUGGAAGGCCUCAGGGUACAGAGUAAAAAGUUUUUACGGUUUCAGAGCCAUAAUAAAUAUAUAAUUUCUUUUUUAAUUCGUGAGGCGUACAGCAACGAUUAAACAAAAUAUCGGUAACGAAUCGUGUGAAGACGCAAUAAAAACGAACUCUUGAUACAUCUCAUAUAAAAUCAUCUCAUGUAAAAUUAUAUGCACUGUCCUAAUCCUGUUUAUUUACUUUCUCGACAUAAACCUGUGAAAAUAGACAAUUCGGCGACGCUUAACUCUUAAGAACCUUGCCGUUUUCAAAUUGUGUUUUCCUUGCGACGGCGAAGAGAGCUCUCUAUUGUUUAGUUACAGACUUGAUUACUUUUUAAUCGUUGUUUUUAUCAUUUACUGUAAAUACAAUAUAACAGCCGGUACAUGAAACCCCUUCAAAUCUAAUUUGAGCUCGCACAAAGGUUGCCCUUCUAACAUACAAGUAGUCUCACUUAAUGAUUUGAUAAUACUUCUAGUAUUCCUAUCUUAGCUCCAAAACUCAGUUGUUAGACUUGACUGGUCUUAGACUGUAGCAUAAGUGACCUAACACCUAACUUUUAAAUCGUAGCAGCUAAAAAUACAAUUUGUAGGCCACUUAAGAAAACGAAAGGCAGCACACAAUACUUUGCACAUCUGGGCCUCGGUAAACGGUAUGAAGGGCUUUUCAGUUCAGAUGGAUCAAGAUUUCUCGCGCAGCUUUCGUUUAGCAGUAGUGCUCUACGUUAGGGUAAUCUUCUGUAUAAGGUAUAAACAUUAUGAAGGUAUAAACAAUUUUGAAUUUCGUCUGGUUCAAUUUAUACAAUAUUUAGGUCAAAAUUAGCCAAAGCGUCGAUAUCCAAGUAAAACACGGUAUUGUGUUAUCUCGGCCAGUGUACUCGGUUUUAUUCUUCAUAAUUUAACCAUUGUAGAUGAGUAUAAAAUUAGCAUGUUGAUUUGAUCCACGGUGAUAAACUUAGAAGGAGGAUGUAACCAUGUUUACCUUACUCGAGAGAAAGUGAUUUUCACUCUUAAACGGUCACCUAUGAAAGCAAAUAAAGAUGUGAUCUAAAAGGGAUUUAAUUAAACUUGGCGAAUUACAGAACUCUCCGCCGGUGUCUAUAUAUAGUUUCAUACAGCUCUGUGAAAAACUUUUUGUAAAAAAUUUCAUGCUUGACUAAUACAAAGGAACUUCCUCAAAGCGAAAUCCAAAAGCGGAAAGAGUGAUAAGGUCACUGAUUUCAUUUGUAACUGAGCUAAAUACUUAAAAUAUGCCGAAAUAAAAUGUCAACAUCCAACACUAAAGAACAAAACAAUCUAGCGUCCAGCUGACCUCCAAGGAAAUUAAAUCAACCUUUUAUUUAAAUUAUUUACUUUAAAUGAAAGUUCGGAUCAGUUUCCUUUUUUUGACUGGAAUGAUAAUUUUGAUUUUAUUUCCUAAAUUUAUAAAGAUAAAAAACGCUUUUUCGCCUGAAGAUAUUUUAGUAUUGAUCGUUCAUCUCAUUCUUUGGGUAUGUUUUUAUUUACACCAGGCUUGAUAUAAUUAACAUUAGAAAAGACAAAUUUUCCCUCGAAGUAUAUCAUUUAAUCACGUACCAUGCACAUGAAGGAUUGAGUGAUAUGGUUUUAAUUUGUUAUCAGAUUAUAAAUAAACUACGAUUGCCUUUUCGCCGUUCGAUUUCUCAAGAAAGCUUUAAUUUGGCCACUUUGACAUUCAUCUUUCAAAAAGGUCCGUCUAAAUUAUGCCUCUGUGCAUGGCAACAGCACAAGCUAGUUCAGCAGUUUGAUGCUAAUAAACAUCUAGUUUAAAAAAAAAUCUUCAUAUGCAUGUUAAUAUGCAAAUCACGACCAGAACCCUACUAUUUCUAGAAAGGUUGUCGGAAAAAAAGCGUAAAAGUGCAUGAGACAACCUUAAAAGGAAUUAUGAGUAGUUUUCCAUUGACCUCAAGAUUUCAGGGAAAUUUAAAAAAAAGUUAUUGUAAGGACGAUCGACUGGGCAUCGCGGAUUGGACGUAUUUAUUUAUCUACUUCUUUGACGCACUAAAAUGUAUUGAUGACCUGGUACCCAAAUGACCUUUGUCGCGUGCACAUUUUCCUUUUUUUUGACAACCUUUCUCGCCAACAGCAGUACAAAAGUGGUCCUCAAGGGAGGCAAUUCUCUCCCCCCACUCGUUUUCCUCCUACUCUCGCGAGUGGGCUGAGGACGGGGGAUUAAGAAUCUUCAGAGGGGGACAAACAGGGCGUAAUGGGAAAUACAUUUUCAAUCAGGCCAAAUUUCCGAAAAAAAAAGUUCUAAAUAAAUGUUUUUUGUCUCCUUAGGCCUGUCGUGAGGGAGAUGUCGCUAGUCUGAACUUUUUAUUAGAGAACAACGCGACAGAUGUGGACAAACUGAGCGAUUGCGGGCUGGCACCACUUCAUUACGCUGCACGUAACAAUCACGGAGAAGUUAUACAGCUGCUUAUCGACCAUGGUGCAGGUCAGUAGAUCAGCGUUCAGUUCAAUACAGUUACCCAACUCAGUGCUAAAAGACUUCAAAGUGUAACCUCUUCCCAUAAUGUCAAUGCAUUAGGCAGAACACAUGUAAUGAGAAUCGACAAACUUAUCAACCGGGUACUUUGAUUAAAAGCAAAAUUCUUCUAGUGCCAAUCACAUAGCCGGAAAUCCAUAGAAACUGGAAGAGAAAUACUACUCAGAUCUAGGCUCGGUAUUUAACUUGUGAACCCAGUUAUUCGGACAGUUUACAGGAUUUUAAAAAAAGUUUCAAAUGCAAAUUAAACAUCUUUGCCUUCGGUCCAGAUUCGUGUUAUUAGUCGACUAUUGUGAGUGCUAUAUGACAUCUGAAUAUUACACUUUCCAAAACAAACUCCUUGUGGCAAAUAUAACCUGGCGAUAAGAGCUGGUCUUACUUAGAAAAAUAUCUUAUUCAAAUAAUCGAAAAAAUAUUGAUGACCGGGUCGUUCGUUACCUCAUUUCUUCGUCUCAAGACGUCUCCUAGUUAUCGUUAAGCAGAUAGACUACGAGCAGUCCCUUCUUUUAAGCAAAGUCCGCCGCGCGAAUCCAAAAAAACAAAACGGCGAAAACAAAACUUGAUGUUAGCGCACCGCGUGGAGCUCUGGGAGUGAUGCACAUCAUUCACACUCAAAGUCCUCCACUGCACGCUAACAUCAAAAUUAUUUUUCGCUGAUUUUUUUUUUUUUUUUUUCGGACUCGUGCAGAAAAGGAGAGAAGUUGUCUGUACAGGAGACAGAACACAGAGAGAGUCUACCUAAUCCUAUACUUCCUUCUUUCUCAAACAGACCCUAAUGUGACAGCCACCACUGAAAACAAAUUGCUCUCACCAUUGCACUUUGCGAGCUGGUAUGACACAGAUGAAGCAGUAAAUACUCUCAUUGAUAACAAAUCUAAUGUGGAGUGCAGUGCUGUAUUUGGACAAAAGCCUCUUCACUUUGCUGUCACACGUGCUAGUCUAGAACUUGUUAAGGUCAGCACUGUUCCUUAAUAAACUUAUAAUUUUAAGCAUUUCCUAGAGGAUUUUUUAUGUGUAGGACUCGAGUGUCAAAAAUCAGACAUGUGUUCUCUGAUUUUGGACACCUGCAUUAGUUUUCAGACGGUACCUUCCAUUUCGGACACUCGACUCCGUUUCAAGACACCACCGCUUCCGCUUUCAGUCGAUACCGUCCGUUUUCGGGGACCAACAUUUGAUUUUGGACACAACCGUCCGAUUUCGGACGUUAGCGUCCUUUAUCGGGUGGUAUCAUACAAGUUUGGACACGUGGGUCCGUUUAAGGAAAGUACCGUCGGAUCCAAUACAGUUGCCUCUGUUUUCGGUAGGUAGCAUCUGAUUUAAGACAUAAGCGUCCGUUUCCAGACAGCACCAUCCGAUUGCAGACACUUGAGUCCAUUUUCAGGAUGGCAUCGUAAGAUUACUAACACUUAAGCGGUUUUCGGACGUGUGUAAUGUUUAUUUUCUGAAUUUUUAUUUCCGCAUUUUCGCCGCAUCCUUUUUUAUUGUCAGUCUUUUUGAACAACAUGAGUAAGUUGUAGUAGUAGUCUCUGAACCGUUUUUUUUUUCCCAGACAUUGUUAACCAAAGGAAAAGCAAAUCCAAACUCACAUGAUAACCAACAUUUUACAGCACUGCAUCUGGCUGCGCAAAGAGGACGACUGGACAUCAUCAAAAUUCUCGUAAGUCAGAGAGCGCUUUCAGAUGCGGUUCUCUUCACGGACUAGCCUGCAUUUAUCUAGUAUGAUCCUGUCUUUACAAGAUGACAUUUUUUUGGUAAAUUGACUCUUUUUCUUUUCCCUCUGUUAUUUAUGUGAUAAUUUUUCCUUUUGGUAGCUAACACACGGAGCUAAUCUUCGAGGCCAGAAUGACGAAGGUGAUACGGCGGUACACAUUGCAGCGAGAGAGGGACGAGAUGAGGCCUUGAAGCAUCUUCUACAAAGAGGUGCUACGAAACUUUUAAUUUCCUUCUUCCGCAUUCCGAUGACAACACUUGCUCCGUUGUAUGAAAACCCUGAGAGAACUUUAAGACAAAAAGUAGGAGAGCGACCGUUCAGAAUUAAAAAAAUAGGGAAAUGGGAUGAUGAAAGUUUCCGUUUGUAAUCACACGAAGCGUUGAUCCCACCAAUAUGCAGCAAGUAUAUCACAUAUGAUCCAAGAAAUAUUCCUAGUCAUCAUUUUGAUAGGGUUGUCUGUAAUUCAGACGUAGUUCUAUAGAGUGUGGGAGCGCAGAGUCCAAGGGUCUGGGUAUGGAUUCUUUAUGGGGACUCAGUAUUUUUUAUCUACACCACGUUCGUGGCAAGACGAAAAGGUUUUUCUUUUUGGGAAAGACUUCGUGGUCCCAAGUCGUUCUAGAUGAUGUCUAAGGGCUUACCAUGGUCUGUUGUCAGGUUUUCUUGAAGAAUAAUUCGAACACAUUCAUAGAUCCUGUUGUUUUCAGGCCAGAAACUUAAAUCGACUCGUAAUUCACUUGUCACAGUUCCCGAACAAACCGGAGAUACAGCUGAUUUUUAAGUUGCUAAACAACUUUACUUUCUUUUCAGCGUCAUUGGACGGUAUAUCGUGCAAGGAUCUCUUAAACAGUGAGAAUUGUGAGUCAAAGAGCUGUUUACAUUUGGCAGUGGAUGGUGGACAUGUGAAGGUAAAUAGGAAAUGUUAUUGAUGUCUUUGAUGUUGUUGGUUUUGUUGCCAUAGUCGUCUUUUCCGUUAAUGCUGGGCUAUUUUCAUGCGCUUGGUAUUCCUGUUUUUCCUGAUCUUACUUUUAUCCUAGUUGUAAUAUAUGUAAUGUUCUUGUUGUCUGUUACAACACUUUUGCUCGUUUAUCGUUGUCCUUAUUGUUAUUGUCGUCGUCAUUGCUGACUCUUAAGAUUGAUGGCAAGCUUGAAGUGAAAUAACUCUCUAAUUUUUUAUAGUGACCUCUCGGUGGUGGAAGCCACUAUAUAAUGAAUCUUGGCGGUUGAAGUAGAAUACAUCGUAAAUAAUCGUAUAUAAAACAGAUUUAAUAUAACAGAUGUAUUUCUUGUGCGAUUGCACACCGUUUAGGCAGCCAUCGUUUGCAUCGAAUAUGGCGCAGAUCCCCAUCCUGUGGUAAGCAAAUAAAUCAGUUUUACUUCAGUUUACAAACCAACCAGCAAUAUUUACACAAAAAGACAUGAAAUCCGGUUCAAUCAAAUAUCAUACAUUGAAAAUCAUUUCAAAGGAAACAUUUUCAACAGGAGAAAAUUAUUCAUAGUGUAGCCUGUGUACAAGUAACUGAGAAACUCAAGAAUUUGCCAGAAAUGUCGACCUCUGGUGGUGCACCACGGCGACAAACACAAAUCAUGCCCCUCGCUUGGAGGAAAAUGGCCCUGAUUGCAGCACUUAAAACCUAUCAGCACACUUAUUAAAGAUAUGGUACUGUUAAAGCUUUUUUUUUUUUAGUAACAAUCAAACAAAAAAGACAAACUGAAUGAACCAACGAACCUCUCCAGUAACGAUCAAGUGAGUUCUUUAACUCAUAUGCUGAGUGAAUGGCAUAAUCCAUUGUUCCACGUGAUUUCUGCGAUAAGUUCUAAAAGAGAAAAACAGAAAUAUAGCUGAUGCUAUAGAGAACUAUGGGAAUAACUCGUAUCUUUUUAGUAUCACUGGUAAAUCAGCAAUCGAAAUAUGUGGGAAAAAAAACAAAAAAUUAAAAACCAUUACAGGCAAACAACCAAAACAAAGAGUGCGAAUUCGUUUUAUCGGGUGUCGACUAAGAUUGCAUUGUUGAAUUUGAUUUUCUUAGGCCAAAAGAAACCUUCCACUCCAUGUGGCGAGCUCUACUGGUAAUUUACCUAUGGUAAAAUUUUUACUAUCGCAAGAUUCAAUUCACGUUGACGAGGAGGACUGUGAAGGAAUGACACCAAUACUCAGGUACCGGCUUAAAGAGAGACCUUUCUGUACUAAAUAAGACUAGAGAGAGAAAACUACAUGUUCUACUAGUGUUCUGUGUGGUGAGUAGUUGUGACACUGAAUCGUGCCUAAUCUUAAGGCCGAUGUGUUCGGUCGUUGAGCUGUGCGCGUAUAAAAAUGAGCUGAUUUGAUUUGAAGGUGCCAGUAUCGAAAACCGACACCAUGUUGUUACGUUACUCCCGGCUUUGCAUGAUGCUGUUACGAUACUCCUUUACAGAUGCACGUUUUGCCCAAUACUGAUCCUUGAUCUGUUAAGUGAUAUAAUCAAUAAAUAGCUGUUUCUUGUGAACUGAUCCUAAUCAGCCAUGGCGUUCCAAGAUCUUUUAAAAACUAACCAAUUUUCCUCCUUCAUCUUUAAUUAUAUUAUUAUAUCCUGCAUGAUGCUUCUUGAUGGUUCUUAAUGCAGACUCCCGCGGCGUAAUCCAAUUCCUUACAUACUCGCAGUCUGAAAAUAAUGAGGAAAUUUUAAAGAGUUAUGUUUUGUUUUCUAUUUUGUAAGUAAUAAUUUAUUAACAUCUCUAUUCAGGUGCACACAAUCUUCACAACUAACUUAUGAAUAAUUAGCAUUGCGUUUGAAUGCGGAGCGCUUCUAGCUCUUUCUUGCUAUUAUUAUUACAUCGACGAAGACGGUUAUCGGCGUUGUUGAUCUUGUUCUGUAAAGAAUCCUUUCAAACUUAUCCAAAACACCAAAAAGUUUUAGAAUGGUAUUUUAUCAGAGCCGCGGGCAGGAUAAAAGAUUUAUUCUCAGGAGGAAAACCAUCUUUAAGUUCAUUAUAUUGCUUUGCGUUCUUGGAGGGUGGUACACCAUCAGACUAAGCUACACCAUGUGUAAAAGUUCUGCUGAAAAAUAUGAUUCAGAAAUAAGUCGUCCUGAGGACUGGUUUGAUGGAAAUAUUACAAGGUUUCAAAACAAAGCCAAUCUCUACAAUUAUGUGGUUCUACGAAAAACCACAAUUGACGCAUAUGGAGAUUUUUCCUGCUCCAGUUCGGAGAAACGACGAAUGUGCUCGUUCAAAGUGGAAACGCUUAUUCAAGCGGUACAGAUGUGCAACGUUUACGGUGAUGUUUGUGUGGGAUUUGUACUCACGAGGGACAUGAAUAUACGACUGAAACAUCAAGUCAAACGAUUAAAUUUCGAUAGCCAGGCGGUAACGUUGGUGAAAAGCGCCUUCGUACCUCGUUUUGGGCAAACUCAGCUGCCCAAACUGUUUACAUCUACGAACUUCUCAAGGCCUGGGAAUUAGAUAUAGAUUUAACUCUCCAUAUCUCAUGCACCCAAUUCAGCUGCCAUCUGUUUACUUCUCCAUGGCAAUUACAGAAGAAUUACUCUUUGUAGAAGCUACAACAUUAUUGUAAAGCGUUGGCGGGAGGAUUUAUAGUCUUUGUUGUCCUCAUACUAAUGAAGCUGCAUGGAUAAUGAAGCGGGAUGUGCUUGACAAGAUGAUAAUUGAAUAACAUAUCUCUGACCUCUGUCCACGCACUGCGCAAGGCCAUAAGUCUGUAAAGGGAAAUGUCCUGUAUUGUUUCCUAAAAAGCCGCGGAUCUUGUCAGGAAACGCCAGAGCAAUACUCUUAAAUAAAAGUUUUCAUACGACAACCUUCUGCCGAUAUAACUAAACUGUGUGUUAACAAUUCCUCUCCAGUCCGCAGAAAAUUAAACGGAUUAAACAUGAUAAAGAGAUCUUUAAGACAUGCUUUGUAGAUCUUGCUACAAAUCUCUUAUCAGUUAUAUAAAUUCAUCAAAACCAUCAUAACAAACUCCUGUUCGUUUAAUAAAAUUCUUAAUACUGAAGUCAGUUAUUUAGUUAUAUCGUUAACUAAGGUAGUAUUUUCGUCGUUAAAUGUGUGUAAAUUUAAAAUGCAACUGUUCUGGAAAUGAACGGUGCGUUUAGUUCCGCCUUGUGGUCAGGUCGCAUUUUCUGAUUUUAGGCUAUUGCAUUUCUGUACUUAUUUUGCUGCACAGUAGGUUAACUGCAUGCCAUGCCAUGAUCAUCAGCUGAUAACAGGUGACAUGCACUUGUAUGGAACGUCUACUUUCAGUUAAUAAUAAAUACAUAAUCACCGAUUACAUUGGCUUGCAUCUUUUUCAUCAAGGGAUUAUUUAAAAGCAAAUACGUUAUUAUAUAUUUAGUUUAAUUCAUUUAAGAAGAUGUUGUUACUGUGAGUGAUUGACUUAAGUUAAGACACGUAGUAAUCAAGAAAAUAGAGCUGGGUCUUGUUUUUGUAGCGAAUAAACGUUGGAGAUUAUUUGACUCAGUAAAAAAAGCGAUUUGGGUUUAAAGUUGUUUCUCGCUUUUGAUUUCAGGGCCUCUUUGUCCGGCCACGUAGAAAUAAUUGAACAUCUCAUCAGUAAGGUGACGUGGAAAAAAUAUGAAAGGCCAGUUUUAUUUAACUUUUAGUAGACUAGCCUUCUAAAUCAACCACUUUAUCUUCAUGAACAAUCAUCUAUCAGAUUUCUUGAGUGCAUCUUUUAGAUACACGAUAUUUGUGCAUUCUUCAUUGUCCUGCUAUGCCUCAUAAAAGAAGCUCUCUCGCAAAUGAAAGGGCCAGGGGGGAAUGGUUUUCUGUAUAGUCAAUAAAAGAAGAUACUCUCCUCCCUCCCGAACCACCAAACCGUUGUUAUUCCUUCAACAUCUGAGCCAUUUCAUGUAACCUGGCUUUCCUUCUCUACUUUAUUAGGGAGCAGCCAUCUGCCCGUUACCAGACUCCAUGGCACCAUCGCCGUUGAUGUGUGCCGUCAAAAGAGGACAUCACAAAGCCGCCGUGUUCCUGAUCAAACGCGGCUCACCGAUAGAUCUGAGAGACGCCCACCAAAGAACCUGCCUUCAUGUCGCUGCUUACAGUGCCAAUACAGAAACUGUUGACAUCAUCCUUGAGGUGUGUUAUGGCUGCAAGUGCGCAUGCGUAGACCUUCUUAUCUCAGUCGUGCGUAGAAUAUACUUACCUAUGGAGAAAGAGUUCAGGUUCCUUGUGUUUCACAGAAUAAUUUAACUUCCAUAAUAAUAGCACCACAAAUUAGAAACAGCUAAUUAACCAAAGCUUAAAACAGAUUCGCCAAUGAAUCGAUACUUCAUUAGACCAAAGCGUAAUGAGAAAGCAAACAAAAUAUGAAUGUAGCUACGGGCAAGCCAUAAUAAAAGCAGGAAAACGCAGAGUGCCACGAACAGCAUAAAAAUUAGAUCACUUGACCUGGAACAUUCCUUCUUGUACUGGCUUGAUGAAUCAUCCGUCUUCUAAAAUGUACCCCUUUGGGGGAGGCAAGAGAAUUAUCUCUAAGUUGGUUGCAUUACUAACAAAUUUACGAUGAUAAAAACUGAUGAACCUCACAACAAGAUAUAUCGUAAGGUAGCUUCUAGGUAAAACUAAAAUUCCAAGUCACUAGUGACAGUCUGAAAUCUAUUAUAUUUGUAGGACGGAUCGGAGAGUUCAGAAUGUCUCGAAGGAGUAUAGAACAUGAAGAAUAUCAUUUUUCGAUCUUUCGAAUAAACUUCUUGAUUCCAAUGACUCCCGUUUCUAAAACAGAUAAAACCGGUGAAGAAAAGGAAAACUUAUACUUCAGUAGCAUAGUUAUAUUCCUGAAAUCAGAAGGUAGAUUUCGGGGCAGAUUUCUAAGAAAUUUUACCCAUGAAAAGUAUCAACUAGACCAUAAUUCCUCGGUUUUGCAGAACGGCGGUAUGUGUUUGAUAGACAGCUUGGACAGAGACAAUAGGACACCAUUACACUACGCUGCUGCUAAAGGAAGCCUUGAGGUGGGGAGAAAGAUAUUAGUUUAAUAAAGUUACAUGCAGUAGGACCUUCCUUCACGGUCACCUCCUUAUGUUGGUCGUUUUCCAAAAAAUGCAAAUACUUGUUUGUAACCCAUGGGCUGAGACCCCACGGAACCAGCAAGUCUCUCUUCUAAGUGACCUUGCCCAUUAUCUGGGCUGUUGUCAGUGACCUCGUGGACUUGAGAUUUCAGGAGAUCGCAAGAGAACGGUUCAAUUACAGAGUAUAAGUACAAUAUCUCCUUGUCUCUUUUCUCGUUCUUUUGUAGUGAUAUUCUAUAGAAAAUUUUUCCUAGUGUCUUCAGCAGGAUUUUUGUUUGUUUUUUCCUAUCAGAGCAAUCUUUUUUUUCAGAUUCUUCAGAAGUUACUUAGUGCAGGGGCAAAGAUAGAUAUAAAAGAUGACGAAGAAAAGAUUCCAUUACACAUGGCUACCGAGUAAGUAGCAAAUGUUAUUAUUAAGAGAACUUGGAACUGAGCUAACGUGAGAUCUUUCGUACUUGCUUAAAUGUUCUUGGUUUUUCGUUGGUUGUUUUGUUACGUUUGUUAUUUGUUUUCAAGUAAAUAAGCGGCUGAGCAGGCUGUGGCUAAGAAAUUUUUAGUGCAGUCCCUGAAAAGAGUACUGCAUGCAUUGAUUGUCAGUCGCAAUAUUGGUUUAAAAUGGUCUUGCUUUCAGAAAGGGAGGGAAGAGAAGAAGGUCAUGACCGAGAUCUGUAAAGGCGCUCUGUGAAGGUUCUAUAUGCCUCAAGGCCCAAAGUAGAUAAACAACUGGUGAGAUAAUCGGUAUCGGCGUUUUAUUUUAGGAGCGGCAGCCUGGCUUGCGUGAAAGUGUUAUUACAAGCCGAUCCAAAGACUCUUAGUAGCACGGAAUACCGCCUCAGAGCUCCAUUACAUUUUGCAGCGUACGAGGGUCACUUUGAACUGGCAAAGUUCUUGCUCGAUAAGGGAGCUAACCCGGAUCAGAGGUAAGACGGGUUAGAUUCAGUACAAACCGUUGGCGCGUCUUGAGAUGCUUAGCCUAUAUUUUUCAUGUAAAUCAUUUUCAAUCCGUCUCAAUCUUGUCAGUCCUAAGCUUUUCAUUCGAGUAACCUUUGUUAAGGAAAGUAUUUAACUUUUAUAAAAAAAAUAACAUUUUCAUUUCAGGGACGAAAAUCAUCUGACUCCGCUCUUGAUAGCGACAAGAUUAAAUCAUUACAAUAUAGUAGUUCUCCUCUUGGAUUACGGCGCAAAACUUAGUGCACAUUCCAAAAAUCGGGUAAGAUAACUUUUUUACCAAUUCUUGAUUAUGAAUACUAAAAAAUAAAUCCUGUGCACACACACAAGCUCUGAUAAAACAGGAAAUUUAAUUAAAUUGAUGCGCCAACCUUUCCUUUUUAAAAACGUUAUGCAAUUGCGGUCAUAUGAUAAGCUCAAUCCUUCAUGCAUUUUGAUUGACUCUGACUUAUGAUCGACAGGAAGACAGACGCACAGAUGACGCCACCAUUAACAAAAUUUUGCUUUUUUUAUCAUAUGAAAAAAAAAAAUGGAAUCCAUGUUGCCGUGGGUCUGUACAGCAAAAGAUCACAGAAGAAGUCAAAACGUGGUAAGAACAUCAGUGACACACUUGGCUGCGGCUUGUGUGCUACUUUUUUGUUCCUACCACAUUUUGACUAUAGACAUUUUUUACUGGACAGACGCACAGCAACAUAGCAUCUAUUUGUUAAAUUGUCAAAUGAUUGAAAUGAUUGUUCUAUUUCACAAUACAAUCAGGCAAAUAUGUUCCAUUAUAGUUCCCGAUUUUUAUGGAUCUUUUUCAAUUAGACAACACCCAUUGACCUGGCAGCAUAUUUUGGCAAUGCCCGCAUAGUUCGAUUGUUGCUAAACCGUGGAGCUGACGUAAAGAAUAAGUCCUCGUUUGGCAAAGGAUGUUUGGACUCUGCUAUUAAAGGAAACCGGCCAGAAACCUGCAUGGAAAUAGCCAAACACAAACGGUGAGGAAAGACUGCAGUUGUAUCAUCUGUAGCACUGUAUCUUCCAUCCUUGAAUUCCUGAGUCAAAACGCAAUCCUGAAGAUUUAUUUGUGAUUAACGUGCACGCCUUUUACAAUUGGCGCCUUCCUGAUGGUCAAAGCUCAUCGGACAUCAUGUAUCCACAAAGAGAUAUAGCAACCAAAAAACUGUUUUCCUCUGGCCUGGCUCGCAUGCAUGCAAACCGAGAGACACCUAAAACAGUUCUAUAUUUCUGUUGAGCUUAGCUCAAAAUAAAGUAUGUCCAUAUGCUGUUACCUCUGCUUCCUUGUUCUCCUUUUCACCAGCAAUAUUGAGUAUCUUUCCUAAUGGCUUAAUUUUGUAAAAAAUUCAAAGAGAGAUCACAAGCUCUUGGAGUAUCUUUCGGAACUCUCCUAUUGAAGGAAGAGAAAGGACAGAACGUGAGACCAGCCAUCCUCGUCGAUUUUCAGUACUGAUUUUCUUCAGUUCAGAUCAAAGAACACUUAUCAAAGUGCACCAGUAUAGUAAGAUAGUACGCCACUCGAGUUGCUGAUAUUUUCAAUUUAUUCUGUUUAAUCAGCUGGAAAGAAUGUCUUGAAGUCAAGGACGACGAAGGAUUUUGUAUGAUGAAACAUCUUAUCGAAAAAUUUCCCGAAGUAGCCAAGGUACCGAACUGCAUGAUUUACGUGUUAAUACUAAAUAAAUCUUUAAGCGUUAACUUUUCCGUGGACUGUCAGUUUUGAACUUUAAAGAUGAUUAAGACCGAGGACAAAGUGCUAGUCAUCACGGAUUUGCAGUUCUAAAAUGCAUUUUUGGAAAGAAAGAUCGCAAAUAAACAAACAUUUUCGCAAAGGGACAUAAUCCAUAUCAAAUAAGUUCUAUAUGAUCUCUGAGGUACUGCUAAAGCCAUACACCAUAAGUAAUAAAUCAUUAGCAAGAUACAUCUCUGCCGUUUACGAAAAAAAGAUACAUUCAUCCCUCUUGAAACUAGCUUCUCUGUGUAAACGGCUUUUGAAUUCUGAAACUUACGCUAUUUUUUUGGGAUGUGAUCAAAUUAUUCCCAAAUGAUUUUAUUUAACAAGAUUCUCGCAGAGAAAUGAAUGUACAUUUUUUUCUUGCAUCCCUCAGCUGGUAAUGGACAAAUGCAUCGAGACUUCUGAUCACAUGAAAACAGAUGUGGAAUAUUCGGUAAGCUUUGUGUCAAUUCAAGAAGUUUCUUAGUGAUCUUUAAGGUUUAUUUUUUUUUGUUGGUCUCAGGAACCACCCUUUGUCUACUUUUGUAUUGAAAUUGGCUAUGAUUAUAAAAUUUUCCUCCAAAAGAUCAACCAGUAAACAGCCAAAUUGUUCAUGAAAUGCCGCGGUAAUAUCUUCUCGUCAAUUCUAAUCGAGAUAAAACCCCGGGGUAUUAUUGGGUGAUCUAUAACGAGAUGAACGGGUCUUAUGAAAUAAUUUUAAAAGAUGUGCAUAUAUUGUAAAUGGCAAGUAUUUUUUUCUUUCCUGUAGAGUCGAUUUAAUUGUUUUAAGUGUGAUCACUGAUUUUGCCCAUUUUCUUUGCAAGGAACGUGGUUUUACAUGUGUCAGUUAUGUCUACUCUAGCUUUGAUGUGACUUGUCAGACAAACUGAAAGUCUCUGUAAGUUCUGUAUAACCCAUUUGUCCGCCCACAAUCUCCUUCACUGUCCCUCAAAAGCCUCACAGUGCUCCUUGUUUUGUCGUAAAUAGUACAUGGGAUUAUUCCUGAUAAUUUACAGAACUAAUGUGAAUGUUAAUGAAAAAGUUUAGAGUAUCUAUGUGAUCAUUUCGCAAAUUCCCAUCUUGAUAUUAACCCUUGCUUCUUUUUUCUCUUCUUUUAGAAAUCAUUCAAUUUUGUUUUUCUUGAUCCUAUUCCUGGAGAACAAACUAAUACAGAAGGAGAGUGGUACUUUGGUCCCAAGGUGUGUAUAUCGUGUAUCAAAUACUCUGGGCAUUGACACUUGACUACUUAUCUUAAAUAACAAAUCAGCUUUGCGAAGAAUAACAGGUUCGUACCAACUGAAUAAAGGGAUCACUUGUUUUUAAUUUACAAUGUUUGUUUGUUGCAGCUCAUGUUAAAACAUGGUCACCGUGAUCUCAUUCUUCAUCCUUUGACUCGAGAACUCAUGAAAGCGAAAAGGUAUGAGCAAUGGUAGCCUCUCUUGCACUGCUUAACAGUACAUAACAAAUGCACGACCUCGAGAAAUUCUCAAAGUUAAAACGAGCGGUAUACGACGGUGCUUCUAUGAAAAGGGGGUUUCUAAAAAGAGAAAAGUUUCUAAAGAGACCGUGGUGCUGCGUCGCUGGGAGAGCAUAACUGGGUAGUUUAGUAUUAUCAACUGAUCUGAUAACGUAAAUUGGCCACUGUAAAGAGUUUCAAAGCUGACGUUUCGAGCGCUAGCCCUUCUUUCGCUCUGACAAGGGCUAACGCUCAAAACGUCAUCUACGGUGUCCAAUUUACAUUAUCAACUAAGUUGAUUAAACCAAAUUACCCUGUCUAUGAAAAUGUUGCCUUACUGAUGAAAAACCUUUGGUACGAGGCAUCUUAACUCAUCCCUUUGAUCCCCAGAAGUGACUAGCAACAAAUUUCUCCUUACAAUAUCACCCCUAAAUCAUACAUUAAUGUUAUAAAUAAACAAAAUCUUCACCAACUAGAGAAGCUCUUGAUUGUCAAACAAAUUCUCCUUAACAGCACCUUAGAAAAUGUAGGGAGAAGAGUAUGGAGAAUAUACACACUGAUGUUGGCUUAUACCUCCACUUUCUGGGAGGCUUUAUGAUCAAAAAUGGUGGUCUUUUUUUUUUUUUUGUCUUAACCUCAAAACACUUCCCUCGUUUGAAAGAACUUUAAACGAAACCUUUUCAUCGUUUUGUGGGCAAAAUGGGGGAAACCAUUCGCGGAAUAUCUCUGGAUAUUACCCAGUCAUAGCGUAUUCGGUUACGUGAAGAGUUUAAGCCAAUCGUGUGUAAGCAUGAAUCGAUAUCUGAUGAAAUUAACUGAUGUCAUUUGAUGACCAGUUUGUUUCGUAUUUUAUAGGUUGUCUUGGAGAUUGAAGUACUUUUACUUGGCAGCCUUCAUAUACACAUCAUUCACUUUGAUCCUGACGUUCCUUCUGCUGUGUCUCAAUUCACAGUCCAUUGACAGGCAACACAACUCCACUUCUGAAUUCUCUAGGGUACGUUGUCUCUUAGUCUUGAUACGAUAUUGUUUUGGUGUAUUUUUCACGACAAUGAGAAUGACUGAGAGACUAAGUGAGCGAAUGACUGACUGAUUGACUGAUUGACCGUCUGAAUACAUUGUCGAGUGAACGAAUGAAUGAAUGAUCGAUUGACACCUUAUUGGACAAUAAACAUGAUGAGUGUUUCAGCAGUGAGUUACGAUAUUCAUACCAAUAGCAAUUGCGCAAAAUAUAACAUCUGGACAGAAAUGAAGAGCCCUAUAAUGAUUUUUAACUUACAUAAAUAAUUAACCUGUAUUUGUUUUCAACUUCUCUUCCCUCAGUUGAACCUUACCAAUUAAUUUAAAUUCCUAUUCACAAUCUAACCUAAAAACAAUUUUAAAGAUAUACACUACCGACAUGUAGUUCAUGGUGUACUGUAAUGGUGUUCCCAUUAUUUUAAUCACAUCCUCUUCGCUUGGACUUAUUUAUCUUGCUGACUGUGACGUUACACUCACUAUUUCUGUCAGGAAUUCUGUCCCAGUUAUGGUUUUACAGUCUCGAGAAUGGUGACGUCAGUAAUUUCAGGCGUCUCGUUGCUGAGUCAUAUUUACAGAAUAUAUGUCGAGGUAUUGUUUGUUAGUAUGGUCAACGUUAUUUUUUCCGUUUGUAAUUAAGGACUGGUCCUCCCUCACGAUAAAAUCUACCUGAUCUCUCGGCUUUGUGACAUUCAUAUGAUUCCCCCGUUGCUGGCAGUUAUUUGGCAGUCAAUGGUCCAUAGUCCUCCCUUUAUACUCUGUUAGCGACGACUUAUUCCCCCUCAUCGAAGCUGUCUUUUUAUUUCGUCCCAAGUAGCUCGCACGAUAGAUUUAAAACUUCUUUACACUUGUGUAUUUCAGAAAUGGAGUUAUUGGAUGGAUAUUUCUAAUAUAUUAGAGUUACUAAGCUUUUCUGCCGCCAUUAUCACGGUUGGCAGUAGAAAAAUUUGGCACAAUGAACGGUUUGAAUUUUCGUUUGGAAUCCUUGCUGUUCUUCUGGCAUAUAUCACAAUGAUGUCAUAUUUACAAAGGUAAGGCAAAGAAUGACUUCAGAUUACUCAGUCAACUUUAGCCUGAAUCAGGUUCUUAGUUAGUGAAGGGGAGUGAAAAAGCGGUCGUAAGGAUAUGACGGGGAUCAAGCGACCAAAAAGAAGAAGAAGCUGUUCCGUAACAGGCGCAAUCUCCCGCCCGCUCUUUCAUUCUUCCCUUUUGACUGAGAGUUGGUGCAGGUUAGCUUUAUCUAUGAACGUAGUUUUCUUUAAAGAUAUUUUCUCAUUUACUUUUUGUCUCUUGGUCUAAAAUAAUCCAAGAUUUUCUUAACUUUGACUUUUGUUAAUCACUUGGUUGAUUGUUUCUGUCGCUAUUUCUAAAAUACAAGCUCUUUCACUAAGACUUUUUAAUCUUCUUCGCACGUUACAAACAUUACAACAGGUUCGAAUGUGAAUUACUGAAAUUCCUCCCCAUCUCGUCUUUACCCGUUUCACUUUUAUCUCUAUCUGCAGUUCGUUUAAAGCUGGUAUCUACGUCACGAUGAUGUUCGAAGUGCUAAGGACUCUUCUGGUGGUAAAUUAGUACUUCUCUGUAACUCGAAACGUAACGUAUAAAUUUUCAUAGCAAUAAAGGAAACAAGACCAACAGAAAUGGCUCUUAACUUUCCUCCUUCUUCAACAGUAGUACCUGUGUUUGGGAGUAGACUGUUCCCUUGAUAAGGAAUUUGAUAUUGAAAUGGAGCAAUUUUCAAUUGAGGGUCGAAAGUAGUCCGAUAUUGAUAGUUUUGCCCUAUAAUUGCCCACUCUCUCCUCCAACCAAACGCAAAACCAAAACCAAUCGCAAAAGGAAGGUUUAAAGGAACUUGCGAUGAACUGGGGUGUCAUUCAGAGCUAAGAAGAUAAAGUUAAAUUGAAGGCCGUUGAUACUGCGAAGACGGGAGAUAAAGAAAAUCGAGAAAAGUUUUGGUAAUUGUGCAAUUUAGUAUCACAUUCAAAUUGAACCUAAUGCGGGUGCGAACGUAUCCCACUAGUGGUGGAAUAUCGUCGCGAAAUAUUCUCGUGAAACAUAAGCUUCGAAUCCUCAUCACGGUCACAAAUAUUUUAUCGAGGUUCCUUUAGUUUAUUUACUGCAUAAUAUUCACACAGGUCUGUGCUGUGUUCUCUAUUCUCCUCUUUGGAUUUGCCUUGGUCUUCCAUGUGCUGCUAUCAAAGGAAGCAAACGUAAGCUGACUUCUUGAUAAUCAAAACUUAGUUUAAUUUCCUUACGGAAAAGUAAGACUUAUUCAUAUUUCCUGCGUUCGUUUUAACCCUAUCGUUGUUACGUAGGACUUCAUAUAGGCUGUUAAUUUCAUCAUUACCUGGAACAUAGCAUAUGUCAAUCAUGCUCUAUGAUGGUGAAUCGCGCUGUUACACGGAGUCUGUCAUUAACCUCACAUUGACUCACCACCUAUUGCGAAUGCGUUCUUAGUAAGAAGCGAGAGCAUUACCAACAGAAAAUGAUUGCGCUGUUCAUCAACAGAACUUAACAUUGCUAUAUUUAACACAAUUUUUCUGAGACUUUUCUCUGCUCUCAGGCCUCAAGAAAUGGUAUUAACCUUUCCUCGAAUGGCGAGGUAAGAAAUCACAUAUAUCUACAAAAUGUUCGCUUCAAGUUAUGUAGUGCGCUUUCCACUGAUAGUGAUGUAGAUCUCACAUCAUGAAUCCUGUUCUGCAAGCUAUCUCUGAUUUUACAAAACUCCUAUUAUUUUCACCUUCUCGUCCAGAAGUGACACACAACGUGCUAAAGAUUGUGCCUAAGAAUUCCUUCAAUGCACACUAUUUCUUCCUUGGUCUGAGUCUGGUGGUUUUCAGUAUAGUUCUGCCAAGCCAAGUUAAUUGAACUAAACAUAAUCUGGGGCCAAAAAACUACAAAAAAAACGUUGUGUCAAUAACAGAAAGGGAGAGCUGAAAAAACUUUUUGGUGCAGUGGGUUUGUGAUAGGAUCGUGGUUUAAGAGAUGAGAUAAGAUUCUUAGUUUUCAGCAUCAAUCAACAGUAUUAUAAAGAGACAUCAUAUUUGCUUCCUAACUUUUGGGCCUGAUUUUCUCUGCAUUACCGUAGUGUGCGUUAAUGAAUACAUUGAAAAAGAGCAACAUGAUAAUAACUACUUUUACAGUUAUCGUAAUACUCACAAUAAGGAUAAAAAAACUGCAGUGAUUUAUCAUUAUUAUUAUUAUUAUUAUUAAUAUCAUCAAAAUAUUAUUACGGCAUAAAUAUUAUACGGCAUAAAAUGUCCGUUUUACAACUUUAUACAUUCUAGAAUUUCACUUCGCGUUGAAUAACAGAGCUUCGAGCUCGGGUUUCACGAAACACGAAGAGCCGAUCAAAGAAAAUUGCUUUGGUGGAGAGGACUGUUAGUGCAGUUUAGUUGCGGUUUCGACAAGAAUAAGACUGAGACAGCUCAGCUUAAAGUAAUUCAUUUGAACACACUCACUAUCCUUAUUAAAUAGCAAUCGUAGUCACCUGUAAAGGAGUGAUAAGUUAUUUUAUCUUCUUUAGGACCCCUUUGGUCGUUUAGAUCUGGCGAUGUUGAAGGUGUUGGAUAUGAUGGUUGGGGAGCUGGAAUACAGUAACUUUUUUGUUGACAAUACGCUGUAUCUUCCCGAUCUGACGAGAUUUAUUUUUGCCGCAUUUUGUUGUUUGGUGCCGAUAGUUUUCAUGAACCUGUUGGUAAGUCUCAAACUAUUAUUGAGCAUUAUGUCAAGAAUUUGAUCGAUCAUCAAUUUUUUGUUAGUAUACUGAAAAAUUUGGUUGCGCGUAAAUGCAGCAAAUAGGGAAUUCUCUUAAACUUCCAACCAUGGUCAAAAAAUGUAUAGGCGAGUCAGUUCUUUGACAGUUUGACAUUUUAAAAUUUUUCCAGUCACAAAUCCGUACGCUAACUGUUCUCGAUCAACGAUGACGAUUUAUUUCCUUCCUAGCUUUCAGUCAAGGGGCGUUACAUCCGGCGAAAUAAAAUAAAACAAUAUAAACUUUUCUGAAUUCAAUACUUGUGCCCUGAAAGCGACUGAACUUCUAAUUAUAUUUUGCUCUAAGGCUCUUCGAACUUCUAUAAAAUUAAAGUCUCUCCCACAAUUUCUACUAAGGGUAAAAUUUAAUGAUAUUUUUGCUAAAAUCAGAUUUACGAUGCAAGCACAAAAGUAUAGUCAUUUGACUUUCGAAAAAUAUCCCCUUGCUUAUCAGAUUGGCUUGGCUGUCGGUGACAUUGAAUCCAUACAGAAAAAUGCUGAAUUGAAACUUUUGGCCAUUCAGGUAAGAUAACGUGCACAAGGUGCCUCGCUAGCACUUGAAAGUAUCACAUGGUUGGGUAUUGGGGAGUUCACAGAUGUAUAUCCAUAUUUGGCAUAUCGUAACACGCUUUGGUGGAAGAGAUGAGGGGUUGAUUAACAAACAGAGAAGCCUUGACUGCGCUCUGUGGAAACCUUCAAAAUUCGGACUGUCCAUUUCGUUUUCUCUUUGAGGAUUUUCGUCUCUGCUCACGUUAUACUGACAUCUAUCAUGUUUCUGUUGCUACUUGCCGGCUCGCUUGUUCCGAAAUUUCACUUUCAAUAAAAGGUAAAAAGCUAGAGAAAAGUCGGGAAAUGGUUGGACAUAGCACAAAUUUGCAGACGGCACGAAAGCUUCUGCUCAGUUCGGUGUUUUGUUCUCUGAUAGAGCACGCUCUUUCAACCAAUGACAGCGCGCGUUAUACCCGAACUUUAUCGUAACUAAUUAUAUAUAUUAAUAAGAAAGCUGACAACAACCCGCAAAGAUUAAAACAGGGGUUGUUGCUGGAGCUAAAGUUUUAAUUCCCUGACCGGGCAAAUCUUUAAUUCACUUUUUUUUCACUCAUAAUAAGCGAAAAAACCAAUGUAUGGAACGAUCCUUUGGGCCUUUAGUCCAACACUAUUGGAAUGCCACUGCUAAUUUUGCACAGCGAGCUAAAAAAAACUGAAAAAAAGAACUGUUUCAAAGAAAUAUGUCGAGUUUCACAGCCUUUUAUUAACUACACUUUAUCAACUGUACACAGUGACACUUCCGAGGGUUUUCACUGCAUUGGGUAUGAUUCACAUAAUCUUGAAAUUAGAAAUCUGUAACCUGCCGUACUUAUGAAAUGUUUUGGGAUUGUAUUACAGAAAGGCAAAUGUGUACAGGUGUCUCGGAUAAAUAUCAGUAUCUGGGCAACUGCCCACCUACCCCUCCCCUAACCCAGCAACAGUCAAUUGAUAACAAGUAAGGGUUAAUGUUGAGUUAGGGGAGGGGUAGGUGGGUAGUUGCCCAGAUACUGAUAUUGAUCUGAUGUCUCUUUGUAGAUUAACUAUGUAGCAUUAAAAUUUUGCAAAUGUUUUUGUAGCACAAGCCUCCAUCUUAAUUAUUUACCAUACGUUCAUUCAUACGCGGAGCUCGCAGUGCGCACAGCGUAUCCCCAUAAUUAUACAAAGUAAUAGCCCAUCAUCAUCAAGCCGAAAACAUUUGGAUGUACGACCGUACGACCGUACGACCCUACAAGGUGCUACUUUUAACAUGCGUGGUCAACUGUACCGCGGGCACGCCAAUGCCAUGACUUUGUUCAGUAGUCCAGUAGUCUGUGCACUGGGCUCCGAGUCGGACGACCCGGGUUCUAGUCCUGGCCGGGGCAAGACGUUGUGCCCUUGAGACGUGCGGGAAAAAAAAUGCGAGCUCCGCUUUUAGGCUGGGCUAAAUCUUUAUAUUAUUACAUAAAAGAGAGAUAUCAUUAAUUGUAUUAAAUUUCUACUUUAUUUUUUUCUUAGAUUGAGGACGUUUUUACAUUUGAACGACGCCUUCCAAAAUGUCUUCUUCGCCGCUUUCACAAGUCGAGCAUCACAAAAUAUCCAAACAAAAAGAGACAUUUCUGGAGUACAAGUCUAAUGGUAAACUACUAGCCAGCUGGCCCCAUACUCUCCUGCGGGCGAGGAAACACUCGUGCCCGAGCCCUAAUAACGAGCGCCUGCUCGUAGACUAGCUACAUACUGUCCCCAGUAACAUAAAUGAAACUUGAGGGCGCUUUCCCAUUGUUUGUUGCAAAACUUUAACCGGCCAAAGUAAUCGCAACAGCCAAUUACAACAAAGUAAAUUGUUACACGGAGCCAUCUGGGGGUUAAAUUAAAAACAAGCAAAUUACCAGAAGCACGGCAAAAUGCAUCAUCUGAUUAGUUGAAAGGAUGGCGUUACGAGUUUUGAAAACCAAGCACAGAGCGAGGUUAAAGAAAAAACCAAAAAGGUUGUAGAUUAUUUUAGACAAUCAAGUGGAAACUGCUUUAUGCUGAAAAUAAUCGACUAACAGAUAAUUUUUUUUUAUACUUAACUAGAAUUAACUCAAAUCACUGCACUCGUUUCCUUACUUUUUUCUUCCAGUCUUUGUUUUUUAUUUCGUCAAUUCAGUCAUUUCUUAUUAACUAAUUUCAAGUUACUCAUCUGUACUCAUUAUUAGAACAUUCGUCGGUUGAUAAGUGGGAUGAAGGAUAACUCCUCCUUGGAUGAACAUGACCCCGACAACUGUGAAGAAAAGACUUCCGCAUUCUUCCAGAGAAUCGGUGCUUUGGAGCAAAAGUAUAAGUUUACCGCUAUCUUCUUUUGAUAAACAAUACAAUACGAUAGUUACCGAAUAAUCGAAAACAGCUGCAAGUUAUGCAUCUUCUAAUUGGUUAGCACACACGAGGGAACUAGUCACUAUUACUAGACCCCUCGGGAGUUCCUCAUUUGAAACUUUAACAUGGUUUAUUCGCGCCUUUCGGUUGAGGAACAGUGAUUUUUAACAGUGACAGCAGUUUGUGACUAGUUUCCAUUGAAUGUCAAAACGACCAAUAAGAAUGUAAAUAAACAUUACAACCACACAUAAGAAAUCAAACCAUUUAAAAUGUUCUGAAACUUAUGUGCGCACCCUAAAUGCGAGAUGAAGAGUCACCUCUGAUUAGUUACGUCAUACUUUUGUAUGAUCUGAUUAUGACUUAUCUGUAAAGUAUUUCAAAAUUUUUAUUGAAUCACAUGACAAAGUAAAGCAGAGGUAAUGCGGUGCUAGGUUUCUAUCGACAAAAAAGAAAGAUACUCUAAAUAGUUUGCAUGAUAUUGUUACCUUUAAUCGCAAAUAAAUUGUUGGUUUCCGAGAAAUAUUUCGGGGGACAAAGCAAUUUUGUUUAAUUAUCAUCCAUUUCUUUUAUUUACAAGCUUUUUUUCCUAAUUAUCUUGGGUAAGGUUUUCUUAUUUUUGUUCAUUUUCCUUUAGAGUGGAGAGGCUUUACGCCAACGUAGAAAACCAAACGGAAAUGUUGGAAAAAAUUGUAAAGCUGCUUUCAGGAAGGAAGGAUUUUCCUCCAGUUGUAGAGGACGUCGGAAAUCAACCCAGCCAUUCAUCGAUAGAUGUAAAGCUAUGAGACUGAAUUACUCUGAACUGACUAUGAAUGUGAUUCACGAGCCUUCUCACAAAAUUGAGAGUUUCGGAGAGAGCAACCUUUAGAGGAAAACUUCGUCUAAAAAUUAUUGGACAUCGUGAACAAUGUCUAUGUCUGGAUGGAAAUGAAACAAAAAUUGAAAUAAAAUGGGAAAAAUUGCCACCAUUUGUGACCCUCCACGGGUUUUCAAAGAAUGACGUGGACGCACUCACACGGCACGCUCGCACGUUAAAACAAAAGAACUAAAUUUUAACGCGUUAGCUGCGUGUUAGUUACUUGCCUCAUUAACUUCGCAGGCAUUGUCUUGCUUCGCACGGUAGAGACAAAGAGACGUGUUAAGAUCUUGCUUGCAACUUUGCACGAUAUAAUAUGGUGACCGUGCCAAUUUUAUAACACGCCUCUUAAAGUUAAAGUUGCUUUUGAUUUGUACAAGAAGUACGUCCUAAGCUGUAAGGCUUCUUAGGACAGCUACAUGCUCGGCCAAUACGAUACUCAAUAUCUAGUGCAACUUUGGUCGCUAAAUCGCCAAACAUAAGAGAACAUGUCGACGUUACAGUUGCGUUACGCAAGGUAUAUACCGCACUGCUAAAGACUAAGAGCUCAUAAGACGCUAAGAUCGGUGUACAGUAAAUAAUACGCGGCUUCUGCUCGGAAAACUUCGUUUUGCGCGGCUAACUGACGGUUAUUUAUUUUAAAAAUGCCGAUUUGCACCGAGUGAAGAACAGCGACCGCGUCGAUCAGGAGACAUGGAGCCAAAACUGUAACAGUUGCUAAAGGAGUCACAAAGAUUCGGUACUGGGCAUAUUAACUGCGUGAAGCGAUAAGGGUGUAUAUUUUACAAGGUAAAAAUUAAGUUUUAAAAAAGUAAUGCAUGUGUUCAAACUGAGCUCCUCUGGACCUUGUGAACCAGUCGUUCUCAUUGAAUUCCUUGUGAAAAUCCUGAGGGAAAGAGCCGUUAUUUACCGUAAAUGUUUCCUUUUUUAUUACAACUCUCGAAAAGGACAGAAGAUCUUCUUCGUUUUCACUUACAUUCUGUAAGUAGUAUACCUCACAAAAACCGUACCAUUCUCACAAUUAAGCAGCUGAUAAACACAAGUAACAAAGUAAGCUGGGUUGUCCAAGAUAAGCUAGCGUGCUAGGGAAACAAAGGAACUGAGCGUGUGAAAGCAAAACAAAAAAUCUAGCGUGUUCUAGAAACAAAGCUCUAUCGUGUUAGCCAGAUAUGAAGAAUGGCUAUAAACACGUUUUCCAAAAUUAAUUGUUUUUAUGCGCAUAUCUACACGGUAAGCGUGUCAUGCCCUUAACGUGCGAGUGUGUUAUAACGUGCCGAGUGCGUGCGUUCGCCUUAUUCCCUGAAAUCCCGUGUAGGCUGCAAGAAGUUUUUCCUUUUUCAAGCGAUGAAUACUUUUUUGUAAUUGCCAACAAAAAGAGGGAGGAGAGAAAUUAUAAUAAUAUUACAGAGCUUUAUGGGGUCAUUAGGUAUAUUUUAUGGUAAAAAACCAAAAUAAGAUCUCUUGGCAGCUUCUUGGUUUACUUUUAGGAUACGAAUGUCGUUACAGCGUCUAGUCGAAACUGUGUUUACAGAG